CAACCUUCAAAUUAGAAUUUGCAGAAAAAAUUUUCAUAAAUUACGCGAUCGAACAAUUCACAGUAAAAGCGUUCAAGCUUCAAAUUGAAACCAUUUCAAUAGGAUCAAUAAUCAAAUUGUUCGAUCGAUUCCUGAUGACCAAAGGUCAAUGAACAGUUAAGAGUACAGCAAAAAUAGUACAUAUUUGCAAAGAAGCAAUAAAUAGCUUUUGACUCUAAAUUCAACUUAAACAGAGAACACACGAAAAAAUUAGAAUCAUAGAUGCAUAAUGGCGUAUGCAAUUAUAGUGGAAAAUAGUGGAAGCUUUUGGAUCUUUCUGUACGUUUAGAGAUCUAAAAAUACAUCGGUCGUGUGGUCACGACAACGAAUGCACUGACCACAACGUUUGAAGCCGGUGCACAAAUCUCGUGCCUUGCUCAGUACAUUCUAGAUUGUAUCAUUGGCAGAGCUUGCGCGCUUAUUUUUAAUAAACCGAGAAUAUAAAGCGCGCAGUAAGCACGCUUUUAGCUCAGUUCAAUAACGAGCUUUCAAUCAGCAUCGGUAUUUCAUUACCGAGAAAGUUACUCUGGAAAUUUCUCGUCGUCGACAAAACUUGACUCUCAACCGAACAUGUCGCAAGAAUCGGGAAGCGGAGCAUCCACGGGAGAAUUGCAGGCGUAUAAAGUGCUUCAGAAUGCUCGAGUUGGCAGGUAUAUGGUCGUGGCUAGAGAACUGCAGGCUGGCGAAGAGAUUUUAACGGAAAUGCCUUUCGUCGUCGGGCCGAAGGCAUAUACUUAUCCGUUGUGUCUUUCUUGCUACACACCUUGGCCACCAAGUCCAGACGAAAAACCAUUAGCUCGAAGUGCGGAUAGGCCCGUUUGCGGUGAAGAAUGUGAGAAUUCUUACGCAACACAAGAUUACGAAUGCCAGGUGUUUGUGCAGGCGAACGAGAAGUUUAACGUAGACGCCGCCCUGAAUGAGAAUAAUGAGAACGGUAUUCCGCAAUUAGAAUGCAUAACUCCGCUGAGACUAUUGCUCGAAUCGGAAAGGAACUCCGAGAGAUGGAAUAAGGAAGUGAAAGACAUGGAAGCGCACAACAAAGUAAGGUGUCAAAAGAAACAGUGGGCGUCAGAUCACGUUAAUGUCGUGGAUUAUCUGAGGAAACGGCUCAAACUCGACAGAUUCUCGGAGGAACAUAUACAGACAAUAUGCGGGAUUUUGGAGAUUAAUACGUUUGAAGUUCGAACGAUAAAAGGAUACUCCGCGCGAGGUCUCUAUCCAACAGUCGCUAUGAUGAAUCACUCGUGCGUCUCGAAUACAUCUCACAGCAUAUCGCCAAUUGAUUACAGGAUACGACUGCGUACCACGCUUAAAGUACCCGCGGGCGGUGAACUUUACGCGAGUUACACGCACUCGUUACUGCCGACGUUACUCCGGAGGGAACACCUAUUCGAGGGGAAGCACUUUGCAUGCGCGUGCCCGCGGUGUUCAGAUCCCACGGAAUUGGGCACUCAUAUGUCCUCGCUUAAGUGCAACAAAUGCGAGAACGGAAUUGUCUUGCCACUGGAUUCUUUAGACUCAAACAGUACGUGGAAGUGUACGCAUUGUGAUUUUUCUACUAACGGACAGGCAGUACAAAAAGUUUUACGGAUCAUUCAAGCAGAAGUGGAUGCCGCAGAAGCUAUCAGUGGAGCUGAUGGAGCCGACGCGAUUCAUGAAAGGGAGACCGUUAUGAGAAAGUAUCGAUCAGUUCUUCAUCCUCGGCAUGCCUUUCUUACGAUGUUGAGACAUUCAUUGACUCAAAUGUACGGUCGAGUUGACGAAUAUUUGUUGGACGAUUUGCCGAAUGUUGUGUUAGAGCACAAAGUCGAUUUGUGUCGUCUGUUGCUUCAAGUAUUAGAUGCUGUUGAGCCUGGAUAUUCUCGCAUAAGAGGUAUGACGUUAUACGAGUUGCACGCACCAUUGCUCUUUUUAGCUAAGGGGCAAUGGAAUGCCGGUGUGAUCGACGAUGCCGGAUUAAAGUCCAAAAUGACGGAAGUCGCAAAUAUUUUGAAAGAGGCAGCCACAAUAUUAACCUUGGAGCCAUCGGAGAUGGCCGAGGGGCAGAUAGGACUCGUCGCGAAGGAAUCUUUAAUUCAGCUGGAACAAUCUAUCAAUAACUUAUGAAUAUUUAUUGUAAAUGUCAUUAUUUGUACAGACAUGUGCUAAUAAACACACGCUUCUAUAUA